UUCAAGUUAAAUAUUAACAAUAUGGAUCUUCAACUCAAAGCAAGGAGACAGUCUGUAGAUAUGCCAGACAAAUCAAAAGGUCUUUUAAAAGAGCUGGAAGGCUCGCUUGAACAAAUAAUGGAAGAGCCUUCAGAGGCAAAAAGCGAUGACCACAAAUCAGAAAGAGCCUUAACAAAAACAAAGAGUUUAGACCUGAGACAAAGCGAGAAAACAGUCAAGAAAAGCAUGGAGAGUUCAAAACAGUUAUCUGAAUUGAGUAAAAACAAAAAUCAAGAUGCUUUUCUAAAACCAGAAGAUUCCAAAUCAUCAAGAAAGAAGAAGUCUUCAAAGAAGGACAAAUCAAAGAGUUCUAAAUAAGGGGAGAAAAGCUACCAUUAAGAAGAAAACAGUUAAAUUUGGGCCAGGCAUUUUAGACUCAGAAGAUGAAGAAUCUUCGAGCGACUCUGUAGAUUUUGAAAGCUAUGAUAGCGUCAGUGGUAGCAAAGCAGGUCCAAAGACUUUGGAAGAAUAUCAUAAUCAGCUUAAAACUUACUCAGAUCAAUACAAGCAUGUUGGAGCAGAUCAGAUUAAGUUCAUGCUAAGGAAGAAGAUCAAGAAGAUAAAGCUAGAUUCAGAUUUAAAAGCAGCAGCUUAUAACAAAUUGAUGAUGAAAUUUUUCGAACCAGAAAAAUAUUUAAAUUGCUUUCAUUUCUUUCUCAAGAAAACCUAUGCUAUUCACAAUGUUGACUAUUUCUACAACAGCACUGAAAAAAGGAUCAGGAGCUACAUUAAGAGUUCUCAAGGACAGUUUGAUUACGCAUUCAACCAAUAUUUGGAAUUUUUGAUAUUUUUUAAAGUGGUUUAUGCCAUAAAUGAGUUCUUACCAUUACCGAAAUUGAACAAGAGAAAGAGAGGAUAUAGAGCACUAAUGGGAAAAAUUUAUCAAGGAGGCUUCAUUGCUAAGAAUACAGAACUCGUUACUAACAGAUUGACCAUGAAUGAAAAAGAUAAACAUAUUCAGCAAGCUAUCGCUAAAAACAAGAAACAGGAGUCAGAUGAAGAGAGUGAAGAAGAUAAAGAGAACCAGGAAAGAGAAGAAGAGCUAAGACUCCAAAAUGGUUAUCUCUCUUCCCUCAAGAAAGUCAGUGAGAUUAAAUCACAAAAGCCAAGUUCUGGCAAUAAUGUCUUCUCUGUUUUACAAACUUUAAAUGAGGGUGAUAAAGAUAAUAUUGAUCAGAUCAUUAAUGAGAGAUUUGAAAAGCAUUUAUAUAGUAAUCAAAAAUAAUCACAAAGCAAUCCAAAAAUUUGUUUUGCUUGGUUUAAAUUUCACAGACCUUGAGUUGAUGCAACUAUUUCUAGAAUUUUCCAAGAUAUUUGACGUUAACUUGGACUUCCAAUUUGACUUUGAUGAGUUUUUCGAUCUAUGUGAUUAUUUUUGUGCUGAAGAUCUUAUUGGUCCUGAUGGAAUACAAUCACUUAUCAACAUCUCAGGAGUAAAGGCCUCUAAGGAAAAUAAAGCUACUGCUAUCUAUAAAUAAGCUGUAUGACAUACUCACAGAUGUUAAAUAUGACUAUAUUUCGAUUGACAGAUGCAUGCCUUUCUUAUUCAUAUUCCAUUUGGCACAGAGAUUCAAGGAUAUUGAUACUUAUAUUUAUGAGUACAAUAAAAUUUUAGGUGAUCCAUACGAUACUGAUCCUGAUAGCAUUCUUGGUAUCUUUAAAUAAACAUGGAUUUGAUACAUCAAGAAUGUACCAUAAACAAAUCACCUAUGUAAUGGUCGAGAACGUGAUCAUUGACUUCAGGAACAAACAUCUGAGCUGAUUCAAUUUCGAGCAGCUUGAGAAAUGCCAGGAAAAAGUUAAAGCAAGAAAUUAUCAAAUAUUGAAGAAGCAAGAGAGAGUUUUCUUGAACAAACUUAUACAGGCAAGUCAUUAUACUAAUGUUAUAGGAAAACUCAGUUUUGGAAAAUGGUUGUGCUAUGAGUUAUUCAAUUAUAUUGUUCUCUCAAGAGUUAGUGAAAGCAAAUCCAAAGAAGGAAAUAAGAAAGCUAAAGACCCUAAAAUAAUACAGUUCAUUAAAGAAGAGAAAAUAUGCAGAAUAGCAUCUGUGAUGGAAGAUUUCGAACCUGAAAAAGUGAACAAGUCUAUUUAUAAAGUACUAAAGAAUACGGAGAGAAAGAUGAUCAAGAAGAAUUCUGGCUCGAUCAGGAUGAAAGACUAUAUUGAACACUUAAAUAAGGCAUGAGCUUUCUUCUGUGAAAACAUGACUGACGAUAAAACUUCCUUGCUUGUUUAUCAAUAUAUUGUAAAUCUGAUGUUUAAUGGCAAGAUUAAAUUUCUCCAAUCAUUCCUCGACAUAACUGAGAAACAGAUUAACAAUUUUGUAAAUAUUUCGGUCAACUUUAAUGACCCAACAAGAUUCGAGGAGAAAAGGGAGGAUGAAUAUCAAUCUGAUAAUGAGGAUGGCAUGCCUCACAAAUAAACAUUCAAAACCAAGUAGUAGAUUCAACACAAUAACAGGAUCUGAGUUAAAAUAAGAUCAAGGUAACUGAUCUUAAAAUACUGUGUGAUCAAUCAUUUGCUAUUAUGUACUACACUGCAGAACAAAAAUAUUGACAAACUUUUAUGCAAUUACUUCUUCCAAACCUGAAUGAAAAUAUCAAAUGCUGGAUCAAGAGUUACAGAAAAAGGAUCUUGAAUUACCAGAAAGGAAAGAGAGACUUGACAAAAUUAGUGGCUUAUGAAGAAGAAGUAUCUCUGUUCAGACUUCAGCACUACUGCACUAUAAUCUCAAUUGAUGACCAUGGCACAACAUUGAAUAAUCUUAAAUAACUUGAUUAAGGAGCAGCCAAAGACAGAAGAAGAGAUUAAAACUCUGACUUUAACUAAGGUGGAAAGUAUUGGUAUCAACCAGCAGAGUAAAGAAAUGCAGGAAGAGUUGAGGAAUAAUUUAAUCGAUGACGAUGAGGAAGAGCUUAAUGAAGUCAAUCCCUUUGAUGAGAUCAGGACACAGUCCGUUGCCACUGUAACCGCCCACAGUUUCAAGCCAAAAGAAACCACCAACCAAAACCUAAAAUUCAUCCAAAACACAUGGGGCCUACGAACCAAACAGGACCUCAAAAACCUCCUCAAGUCCAAAAAGAAGGAAGAAGAAAAAGUCCCUCAGAAGUUAAAGAAACCUAAGAAAACCAAAGCUGCCAAGAAGGCACGGGAUUCUGAAGACUCUGAAGAUGAAAUCAAGCAGAAGAAGAAUGAAGUAAUCAUUGACCAGGAUAGAUUCGAUAUCUAUGAAUAUGAGGAUAAUACCAACUUCAUGAACAGGCUGUUGAAGAACCAGAAGCAGCAGAAAGAAGAAGAUGACGAUAUUAAUUUCAGACUAGUUGAAGAGAGUGAAGGAGACGCUAAUGAUAACCAGCUUUUGAAUUUCCAUGAAAGCGAUCUGGUGUUUAUAAUGGGUACAAACAAAGAUAAAAUCCAAAAGGUUAUUGAUCAAAAUCAAGUGUUGGGAAACAUCGAAGAAGACUAUGGGGAUACUAAAACUAGGUUUGAUGAAUUCUAUAGAGUGACUGAAGACGAUCUCCAAAAGGAGAAGAAUAGCUGCUGAAAACUAUUUUAG